AUGGGAUCAAGUCUCACCCUUAAGGCAGCAUCAGUGUUUCAAGGAGAUGAAAAAAGGAUCGGCUGCCAGAUCCUGCACAUCCUCGUCCAGUACUUCCUCGUCUCGAGCUACUACUGGAUGUUCUCCGAGGGCCUGUACCUGCACAUGCUCCUGAUGGUGGCCUUCGUCGCCGAGGACCGCCUCAUGAAGUGGUUCUACCUGCUGGGGUGGGGGGCGCCCGCUCUCAUCAUCGUUGUGUACGCCGCGGCGAGGGGCACGGCCGGCACCACCGACACGCAGUACUGCUGGAUCGAGGAGAGCCACUAUACGUUCAUCCUAUCUGCGCCGGUGUGCGUGUCGAUCCUGGCCAACCUGGUGUUCCUAGUCAACAUCGUCCGCGUGCUGGUGACCAAGCUGAGGGCUAACCACGUGGCGGCGGACACGAAUGGCACUCGCAAGGCAGUGAGGGCCACGCUCAUCCUCAUCCCGCUGCUCGGCCUCCAUUACGUUCUCAUGCCUUUCAGGUCCGUGCAGCUCAAGAGAAUACAAGAAGGUUAA